AUGGAUUCGCGUCAGGCCCUAGCUUUUAUAAUUGUGCAUAAUAUUGUACAAAAACGAAAGCUAAAAGAAAAAAGAAAAAAGAAAUGUUGGGUUAGGAAAUGGGUGGACCGUCGAAGUGACUUGGGAGCCGCUUCAAAUCUUGUAAAUGAGCUUCGGUUGGAGGAUGCACAGCAGUUUAAAAAUUUUAUUCGGAUGUCUGCAGUGCAAUUUGAAAUGCUUUUGGAUUUAAUAAAACACCAGAUUGUCAAGCAAGAUACACAAUUGCGUGAAGCGAUUCCUGUUCAUGACAGAUUAAUGGUCACCCUCCGUUUUUUGGCUUCAGGUACGUAUGUGGUUUUAUAUAUAUAUAGUAUGUUGUAA